AUGUCCGGUGCCGCACAAAAGAUCCACAUCCUAGGUCUUGGCAGCAUUGGUACCUUCGUCGCACAUUCGCUGCGCUGUCUCCCCAAACCACCUCCAGUGACUCUACUUCUUCAUCGCAAAUCUCUAUAUCAAGAGUAUGCCUCCAAGGACGGGAAAAUCCGGUUACAGGUUGGAGAGCAGGGAAUCCCACAAGAACAACACGGAUUCGAAUUUGAAUCGAUGAACGGGUCUGCAGCCUCGUCGGAUCCAAUUGACCACUUAAUGGUCUGUGUCAAAGCAUCAGCAACAGUCUCUUCCCUUGAACCAUUAAAGCAUCGACUUGGUCGGAAUUCAACAAUCUGCUUUUUCCAAAAUGGUAUGGGGCAAAUCGAGGAGCUGAACGAGCGAAUUUUCAAAAAUCACUCAACAAGACCUGAUUAUUUAUCUGGCAUUGUGCGUCAUGGAGUAUAUAUGAAAUCGCCAACUGAAGCUGUACUUUCUGGCGUCAAUGGCUGCAUCGAGAUUGGCAGAGUACCUUCUAAGGAUUCAACUUCUACGCCACCGAGUUCUCAAUUUUUGCUCGAUCAUCUAUUGCGGUCACCGGCCCUUCGUUGCACGAAGCUAGAUUGGACGGAUCUAUUACAUGUACAACUUUUGAAGCUAGCAACGAACUGCGUUCUCAACCCCUUGACGGCAUUGCUUGACGUCCGCAACGGCGAAAUAAAAAGCAACCCUGCAAUCGCGCCCCUUGGCCGCAGUCUCAUCAAAGAGAUUUCUCUUGUUCUCGAAAGCUUGUCGGAAUUCAAAAAUCUAGCUGGCGAUUCAGACCGCUUUUCACCCACCACACUGGAGAAGGUGAUGUUGGACACGGUUGAGAAAACUGCUAGUAAUUCUAGCAGUAUGCGCGAGGACAUCUUAAAAGGCCGAGCUACGGAGAUUGAGUAUAUGAAUGGUUGGAUCGUCGAUCAAGGUGCCAAAUUGGGCAUCCACUGUCCUACAAAUGAAUUUGUGACGAAUAUGGUGUUGGCAAAAAGCCGUCACAAGCCAUCUGGAGGACUUUGA